AUGAAAGCCACCAACCUGACCAAACGCUACGGGGACGGAAUGACCUUCUUCCUCGCUCUGGAAGGCUCCGAGAUCCCGGCCAACUCCACCCACGGGUACCUCGCCCUGUUCGGCCCUGACACCGCCCUCAACGCCACCAAGGACCACCAGAUCGUGGUGGUCGAGUUCGACAGCAAUUGGAACUCCUGGGACCCGAGCGACGAUCACAUCGAGAUCGACAUCAAUUCGAUUCGGUCCGUCGAUUCCAAGCAAUGGAAUAGCAGCAUCAAGGACGGCAGGAUGGCCAACGCCUGGGUGAAUUACAAUUCCACCACCAAGAACCUGAGCGUCUACCUCACCUACACUGAAAACCCCGUCUACGACAGCGGCUCCAGCCUUUCGUACAUCGUGGAACUGCGCGAAGUCCUGCCCGAAUUCGUGGCAGUCGAGCUGACGAUGGUCCUGGUCGGGAUGAUGGGGUAUUUGGCUCCGGAGUGCGUCACCACGGGGAGGGCAAGCAAGGAAUUGGACGUGUACAGCUUCGGACGAUGGGUUAUCUUCAUUGUGCUCUUCUCUACCAAACUGCUCAAUUCAAUCCACGUCGCUCCGUCGCCAGCGGCGCCGUAG